AUGUCAACAAAGAAGAAGGGUUCCAAAAGAGAUAAGAACCACCACGGUUCCAAAAUUGUCGAUAUUAAUGAACCAGAUAAUGAUCCAUUUUAUGCCUCUCCACUUUACGAUUUCUUAGCUCCAUUUAGACCGGCAGGUAGUCAAUGGCUUACACAUUACGUGAUUAUUAUAUUUGCGUUGAUUAUUCGUCUGGCAAUUGGGUUAGGACCGUAUUCUGGUAUGAAUACACCUCCGAUGUUUGGUGAUUUUGAAGCACAAAGACAUUGGAUGGAGAUUACGCAGCAUUUACCAAUAUCAGAAUGGUAUUGGUUUGAUUUACAAUAUUGGGGUCUUGAUUAUCCACCUUUGACUGCCUUUCAUUCUUAUGUAUUGGGUAAGAUUGGUACAUUCGUUUACCCAGCAUGGUUCAAGUUGAAUGAAUCUCGUGGAUAUGAAGGAGAUGGGAUCAAGACAUUUAUGAGACUAACCGUAGUUCUAAGCGAUAUCAUUUUCUACAUUCCAGCUGUUGUAUAUUUUACAAAAUGGGUUGGAAGACAUAGAAACCAAUCACCCGUAAGUCAAUAUAUCGCUGCCGCGGCAAUUUUAUUCCAACCGUCUUUAAUGCUAAUUGAUCAUGGUCAUUUUCAAUACAACUCUGUCAUGUUAGGUUUAACAGUUUACACCAUUAAUAAUUUAUUAGAUGGGUUUUACUCAAUGGCCGCAGUAUGUUUUGUCUGGUCUAUAUGUUUUAAGCAAAUGUCUCUGUAUUAUGCGCCAGUAUUUUUCGCAUAUUUGUUAAGCAAGUCUUUAUUCUUCCCAAAAUGGUUCAAUGUUUCAAGGUUUAUUGGUAUUGCUAUCGCUACAGUAUUGGCAUUUGUCUCCGCAUUUGGACCCUUAUACCUAUUUGGAGGAAGAAUUCCAAAUCUUCAACAAUGUAUUCAUCGUAUUUUCCCCUUUGCAAGAGGUAUCUUUGAAGAUAAAGUAGCAAAUUUCUGGUGCGUUGGAAAUUUGUUUAUAAAAUUCAAAACAUUAUACACACAAGAACAACUUCAAUUAUACUCUUUAGUUUUGACUGUGGCUGGUUUCAUGCCAGCUUUUUUGAUGAGUCUAUUGUAUCCAAAGAAACAUUUAUUACCUUAUGCUCUCACAGUCUGUGCCAUGUCGUUCUUUUUGUUCAGUUUCCAAGUUCAUGAAAAGACUAUAUUAGUACCUUUACUACCAGUUACACUACUAUACACAUCCAAUGAUAGAAACGUCCUAUCAUUUGUUUGUUGGAUAAAUAAUGUCGCUCUGUUUACCCUGUGGCCAUUGUUGAAGAAGGACCACUUAUCUUUGCAAUACAGUACAUGUUUUAUAAUGUGUAACUGGCUUUUGGGUAACUUCAGUUUUUUUACGCCAAAGUUUUUGCCACGUUUCUUGACCCCAGGUCCACCAGUUAGUGACACUAAUAAGGAUUAUCGUCGCAGAAGUCUCUUGCCAAACAAUAUCCUAUGGAAAAUAAUUAUUAUUUGUUCCUAUAUAGCGAUGUUUUCUAUCCAUAUUGGUGAUCGAUUUAUCGAGCCACCUAAACAGUAUCCAGACUUAUGGGUCAUUCUAAACUGUGUCGUCGGGUUUGGUUGUUUUGUCUUGUUCUGGUUAUGGGCUUACUAUAAAUUAUUUACUUUAAGAAACAAGACAAUACAAGCCUUAUGA